CUGGGCCCGUCAUGGCUGCGAAUGCUCUGCGAGUGCGGCGGCGGCUGAACAUCAUGGCUUGAAGAAAACAGCGGUGGUCGUGCGGAUAACUCCCCCCCAUUUUUUUGGUCAAUUUUUUUUUUAAAUCCGUUUAGGACGUACCGCCGAAGAAGAGGCUUGCAAGGACGAAACCAGGCCGGACUAACUGCGAAAAUGACUCCAGGAGAGUCCGUCGAUUCGGCCGAGGUUCCCCUGGCAUCGGAAAAUGGGGCGCUGUGCAUUAUUCGGAACAUGACAACUGGACAGGCCCACAGUUCCACCGGGGAGGGUAUGGCGAAGGUUACCAUGAUGCUUCCGGUGACGACGACGGCUGCGGAGUUGAUGGACGCUGUCGGUCGCCACUUCCAGUACGCACCAGACUCGUUUGAGCUGCUUCUGCAGAGGGUUACCGACGGCGACUGUGUCUCGGUGCACACUUGCGGCGACAAAACCAUCCAGGAGAUUGGGUUUCACACAGAUGGAACAACCCGCAACGUACUAGUCAUAUACGACCGGGACCGGGAACCCCCAAAACGGUUGAUGGGGCCUGAACCGGAAGAGGGCAGUUCCUCGACCUCCACGGCAGCCGACUGGGUCCGCAACACCCGAGGCGCUGCCGGUGAGAGCAAGUGCUACCCGGCAGAAACCAAGGAUGCCAUCGGUUACGUGGGCCUGGUCAACCAAGCCAUGACCUGCUACCUGAACAGCCUGUUACAGACCCUUUACAUGACGCCCGAAUUUAGAAAUGCAUUGUACAGGUGGGAAUUUGACGGCACAGAGCAGGAUGCAGCCAAGAGCAUACCAUUUCAACUGCAGAAGCUUUUUCUCCUACUGCAGACAUCAUCAAAAUCUGCGAUCGGAACCACGGAUCUGACUACCAGUUUUGGAUGGGACAGCAGUGAAGCUUGGCAACAGCACGAUGUGCAAGAGCUCUGCCGGGUCAUGUUUGACGCGUUGGAGCACAAGUUCAAGCACACGGACCAGGCCAAGCUCAUCUGUCAGCUUUACGAGGGCAAGCUCAAGGAUUAUGUCAAGUGCCUAGAGUGUGGUUCUGAGAGCGCCCGCGAGGACACCUUCAUGGACAUCCCGCUGGUGGUGCGGCCGUUCGGGUCGAACCAGGCGUACGGAAGCGUGGAGGAGGCGCUGCGCGCUUUCGUCACCCCCGAGACCCUGGACGGCUGCAACCAGUACUCGUGCGAGCGGUGCGGUCGCAAGUGCGACGCCCACAAGGGGCUCAAGUUUGUGCGCUUUCCGUACUUGCUGACGCUGCAACUCAAGCGGUUUGACUUCGACCCCGCCACCAUGCACCGCAUCAAGCUUAACGACAAGGUGACCUUCCCCGAGAUUCUGGACCUCAACCAGUUUGUGCGGUCGGAGAGCAAGAAUGAGAGUCCCAGUGACGACGCCGACACGACGGACAGUGGGUCGGCGCUCGACGACGAGGCUGCGGUGACCUCGACCUCGUCUGGUCCCAGCAGCAGCCGGCAGGCUAACGGGCCGUGCGAGGACAUGGGUAGCGACGACGAAGGCAUUGACGUGGGCAGCGGGAGCGGCAGCAAUGCGGAUGCCGUGGCCAAUGCUCGCAAUCUGAAGCGGAAUGUCAACAUGGGCCCGUACAUGUACGAGCUUUUCUCCAUCAUGGUACACUCUGGGAGUGCCAGUGGCGGCCACUAUUACGCUUACAUCAAGUCCUUUACAGAAAACCAGUGGUACUGCUUCAACGACGCCCAGGUGACGCGAGUGACGUACGACGAGAUUCGCAAGACUUACGGCGGGGGACCCAGUCGCGGCGGCUACUACAUCAGCUCCUACGCGAGCUCGACGAAUGCCUACAUGCUCAUGUACCGUCGGGUGGAUAAGGAACAGAACGCCGUGCCCAUGAUGCCCGACCAGUUCCCCGAGCAUCUGAAGGUGCUCCUCGAGAACAUGCAGGAGGCUGAGGAGCGGGAACGACAGCAGAAGGAGCUCGACCGUUCCAUGUGCAAGAUCAAGUUGUUCUGCCUGCACCCUCGCAAGCACACGAUGCAAGACAUGCGGCUAAAGGUCCACAAGGAUGCGUCGCUUGCUGAGGCGACGCAGACGGCGCACCAGAUCAUGAACCUGGCCGACGUGGUUCCACUGGAUUGCUGUCGCCUGGUGAUGUACGACGACUGCUCAGACUCACUAGAGUGCUCGCUCGAAGAGGUGGCCCAUCAGACCAUGGGCCAGAUCCUGGGCGGCGUCAAGUCCACCUACCCGUUCGACCUCCUGCUUGAGAUUCGAAAGCCCCACGAGACCUUCCAGCCCUACAAAAUAGGAGGUACAACCGUCAAAGUACACGUCGUAAAUAUUGAGGCAGACGAGAUCGCGCGGGCGGUAAUCGUCCGUGGCCUCAAGACGCAGACAGUCGAGGAGUUCAAGGCUCAGGUGGCUCAGAAAUUGGGUCUGCCUUCGAGCAACAUGCGCAUGGUUCUAGAAAACUACCACAAUGCUCUCGAACUCCUCAAUGCACCUGGGCGCAUGCUGAAGUCCGAGGGCUUUGGCAAGAGCAAUACGGUGUUCAUAGAAUUUCUCAGCGAGGAAGACGCCAAGCUGCCCUUCCGAGAGUCUCGGUUUUUUGGGAUUCUCGAUCGGCACAUCAACACGAUCGUCAUCUAUGUCCAGCUGCCACUAGAAGAGGAAGUGUCACUGGAGAAGCAGCGCAUGUCUGCCAGCGCCGAGAAUGAUGAAAGGUGUGGCAGCGUGGAAGAUGAGGGUGGCACAGCCACGGCGAAGCCUACGCAACCGAUGCAGACGGCAAACACAGCACUGUCGGACGGCUAUGACAGCGACCUCUGCGAUUCGUCCUCUUCAGGGUGCCGCGGUGGCGACCACUCGGAGGACUCUAGUCUCACGGACAGCGAACGGACCCUGGUAGGUGACGACAUGUCGCCACGCAACAACUCUCCUGACAUUGCCGACGCAUAUGACGGUGGCGAGGAGCAGCAGCCUAAAUUAGUGCCUUCUGUGGAGAUGACGGACCAGAUCAAGCGGAGCAUGCUUGAACCUAGUGGCAGCACGUCUGUCGCCACACCCGCUCCUGCCACAUCUGCUGCCGACGGUGUGUCUGAAGAGGCCACUGGCUUCGCCUGCGGCGACGCGGCGCCGUCGCAAGUGGAGGUGGCGCCCACUAAAGAAGAGCCGCGGCGCUACUUUCGUGCAUGGCCGUACACGGACAAAGAGGACGGCAGCCGCAAGCUUCGGGUCUACAUUGACAAGCGUAUCACAUUCGGGGCACUCAAGAAGGAGCUGGAGCCGUACAUCGGCAUAGACUCCAGCCACUUCAAGGUGUUCCGGGUGUACUCCAACAACCAGGAGUUCGAGUGCACCAAGUUGACGGACAACCUCGCCUCGUACGCCGAAGACACCAAGUUUGUCAUCAAGCUGGGACGGGCACUGAAGCCUGGCGAGCACCGCAUGGACAUCUACCUCCUGUCGCCAAACGAUCCAGAGCCAAGCAAGUUUCUACUGGAUUGGAUCUUCACGCAAGGCACGACGGUACUGCAGAUCAAGCAAGAAAUUCUUCACAAGGUCCGCGAGCGCUGUGGCCAAGACAUUCCCUUGAAUAGGUGUCGACUCAGGAAAAAGAUCUCGGGCAACCCUGGUGCAGUGUUCCUCGAUUCGGACCGAUUGGACAGCGAUGCCUCGAUGUUCCUCUCGCACAAAGUAUUUCUAGAGCUCCUCUCAGAGCCCGAGAAGGUUGUGUCUGCAAACAGCCUGGUGCUGUUUGUGCGCCGCUGGCGGCCAUCGACCUUCACCUUCGACCCCCUCGAGGAAGUGAUACUCAAUGAGCGCACCUUUGGAGCCCUCAAAGAUGAGCUGUCUAAGCUGAGUGGCCUGGACCCAUCAGUCAUUGAAGUCGCUAAGUGCCCCGGUCAGUUCCCAUGUCUGGUGUCGUCGUUGACUGUGCACACGGAAAUGGAUUGGCAGCACAAUGCACCCUCCCUCACCGCUUGGCCACUGUUCAUAAGCGAGGACGGCCUGGUGGUGCUCUACCGUGACCGGACAGAAGAACUGAAGGAGCUGACUGAAGAGGAGAAGCAAGAAAUCUCCAGUCGAGAGAACGUCAGGGCUGCCAAGAAUGCCAAGGCCGUUCCGUCCCCGAGGAAAGAGCGUGCCCUCAAGAUCUACAUGGGCAGCCCACCCAACGACAGUGGAGCGCUGUCCUCGGACACCAAGCCCAGCCUUAACUCCGUGCCUAUCGACCUGGACUGAGCGUACAGCCACCCAGGAUCGCGACACUACUGCCUAGUGUUUUUUUUUUUCUUCUUCAAAAAGGACACUAGUGAUAAACAGAGUGACUUGACUAUAUACCGGUAGCGGGAGGAGUGCAUUUGCUCCGCGGUGGUGAAGACAGUGACGGGAAUUCGUCCUGCCGGCUCCAGAUCGAACCCCAACAUUUUCUCUCUCCAUCAACAAUAGAGACGUGCUGCGUCCCGGUGCACAAACUGUGUCUACAUCUCUUUUGUGUCAAAGGAAGCGCCUAGGGGAAAAUGACCCAGAACGCACCAAAAACAAGUUUGAAUUUUACGUGCCUCCUACCUUUUUGCCUCCCAAACUUUUUUUUAAAACUGCAGUUUAGAAAGAGGGAGACUAUCUUCAGCCACUUCUUCAGCAGCUCUGAACCGCUUUACUAUUUUUAAAUUUUUUCUUUUUUAUACGUCGCUCUAGCCGCUCCACUGGACUCAUCGUUGGUGCCGGCUUUUUUUUUUUUUCUUUAAAAAAAGUGGCAGCACCAACACCUGUGCCAACCCAUACCCACUCCCACCUUUACGACAUCUCAGGUACAGAAAACUGGCUUCAGAUUUUAGAUCUCAACAGUGACUCAACACUUUUUCGUAUAAAAAUUGCCCGAAUUCAAGGUUUAUCAUGGAUGUCAAUGAAUGGCUGUGAAUAAAUUAGUGUGGAGUACAGUUUACUUGUAGAAAGCUUAUCAAGAUGCCUAGGAAACCCAUUCAAUUCAAAUUUUUUUUCAGUGUUUUCGAAAACAUUUGUACACCAAAAGUAAAUAAAGUUCGCUGAAUUGCGCCGCAACAGUCCACACAAAUACAGAAACUCUAAACACUGCAGCAUGCUCAGCAUAUUGAAUGUCAAUCAAAUUUUGGUAUUUCCAAGUCAAGUGAACUUUCGCCUCCCCUUUUGCGCAGUUGUCUUUCUCAAACAUUAUUCAUUUUGUGCUCAAGAGAGUAAUUAGUUUCACGGCAGUUGUCUGAGAACAUUUAACUGACUUUCAAAGGCCACAUCAAAAUUUGUUGGCAUUAUUGUAUUGCAGAGUGAUGUGCUGUGUAGUCUGGACUAAUUUGGCCCCUACGAGCGCAGUAUUCCACUUAACCUGUAACACUGGUGAUUGUUUUGUUUUGUUUUUCGUUAGUAUUGUUUUAAAAUUUCUUGCGUUUUAUUUUUGUCAGCUGUUGAAUAAUCAUGCUAAAGUCCUGAAGCACCGGUAAAACAUUUCAUAUGGUGCAUGACAUAGUGACACUGAUCAUUUUGAACUUACCAAAAAUGACAUUUCAUUUUAUUUCCAUAGCACAGCCCUCCUAUGUGUGCGUAAUAUUUGAGUUGAAUGUUGAAAUGCAGUUACUCGCUGAAAAGUUAAUUUUAAUUGCUUUCUCGUGUCUUUUACUUGCAGGUAUUAUUUCCUACCUAAAAUAUGAAUAUGCUAUAAAGAUUAUCUUGGGGUAUCCCAAAAGGCUGGGGUCUCUCGAUCAGUGAACUUUCAAUGUGAUAUUGAGUCUCUGUAGCAUUAUUGCACUGCACGACCACUUUCAAACAAGCCCCGGUGUGCUUAGGUGCCGACAAGUAUCCGCAUCAGUUGCAACAAAAUGCCAUGCAAUUACUCAAGCUUUCAUGGCUCACCUCUUAGAUUUUUUAAUGGUAUGAACCAGUGGGAUUUCGGAAUUUCAGUGGCCUUAAUUGGCUGCACAUUACAGCAAUGUUCUUUAGUGCGUGUGACUUCUGCUCGUGUAAAGCCCUAAGCUAUAUGUAUAUGGCACAAUAUUUUUAUGAACACACUACGCUUGUCAUCACAAUUAAGUCUCUUAUUUCAGUUUGGUUUUUAUUUUGCAUUUAUCACUUUUUCGCGAUGGCUUCUGAAAUGUCUAGUCGGGCUCACAAUUGCAAAAAUAAGAACAUGUCUUGCUUUUGUGACAUAAAUGUGACAUUUUACUGUAAUUUGCUUCUUUGUUUCUAGUUACAGGUGUGUUAUUUUCUGCAGCUGCAAUGUAACGAUAGUGUAGUUAUAAAACUUUCGUGUUGCUUGUUUAUUAGUCUCUGUUUCAGUGCAUGGCCUUGACGUGACGGUCUUGAUGCGUGGCGGUCUUCACGUCAUUGUCCUGGCAUGAAUGGCCCUGAUGCGAAAGCCUUGCAUUGAAAGUAUAGAUUCACAAAAUGAGCCAUUUCUGUGAUGUGCAGCUCUCGGCAAAAGUCAUGCAAUAAAUUUCGGCAAACGUUCUAUGAACGAUUUUACAUACCAAAUCAGACUCCAGCUUUUUUCUUUGGUCAUUUAAACUGCAUGUUUUUAUUAAUGAACAGGGUAGUUCAUCCCAGACUUGUUUCAAUACUGACCGGUACAGGCGGGUUUUGAAUAAUACUGGCUGCUGCCGUUUUCGUUCAUAGUAUUGUGCCCGGUGUUCUUGCAGCAAGAUAGUAGCCUACCUUUUCGCUGAAUAAUCUGUUGCGGCGGAAGACGUAAUAUCCGGUCAUCUCAGUGCAGGCUCUGUAGACUACCAUCCCACUGGGCUGUCUAGUCUACAACUUGAUUUUAGAUGCCUGCACAGCAAAAGUGGUGUCCGUCUUGUGGACUACCCUUUUGUUGUUGAUGUAUGGGAAUCUUGCUUUGCUUGCUGCCCAGUAGUUUCUUUGCCUGACUUUGUUUUUGUUUCAAUAAUUGGAUUUAGACACAGUAGUUGCCAAUGAUCAUUUUCAGUCUGUACAGCCAUAUGUUGACUGGACUCUACACGUUGAACACAGCCACAGCCUUAGCUCCGAAUAGCUUUACUCUUGGGGUCACCUAAUAUUCAAGGGCAGUAAGACUUCCGAGGGGGCUUGUGAGAUUGGCAGCAUUGCCGUGAUCACUAGCGGAUUCGCAUUGUGUGUUCACCACUGCCAAUUUCACCAUUUGGUGAAACAGUCAAGGCACGAGUCUUGCUUAGGUGUCAUGCUAACGCAUUAACUAGUCUAGAUUUUUGUUAAUGAGAAGUGGUUGUGAAAUAGACUUUCAUGAAUGUGAUACAGCAGGUAGUCGAAAUGGGGAGUCUUUUCAAAGAGCCAUUUUUGUGGUAAUGUGACUAGCUUUCCGAAAACACAACCGACGUUAGCUUUCGCUCUGAUAGAUAUUCCCACACUGCCUUGCUUAGAAGCAUUUGUGGAGUAGCUAUAGUGUGCAAGAGAAAUGAUCGGGGUGUGCUCGUUCUUGCUAAUGCCUGAUGAUUUGAUGUGCCUUGCGGCAAACUUCUCAUGCCUCACAGUGCAUACUAGUGAUGUAUAGGUACUCCUAUAGAGCUAAUUGCAUUACUCCAGGCUGGCUCCACACUGUCCUCUUUGAGCAGAUAAGGGACUUUAAACUAUGGUAAAUCCUUGCUUUGGUAAGAUUCAUGUGUCAGUGGUUCUAAAGAAUAAACAGACGAACUGUUUGUGUACUAAAGCUGCAAAAAAAAAUGUUGCCAUUUCGUAAUCAACUUUGUCGAAUCUGGGUGGGCUCUGGUUACUUACAUGCUUAGUUCAAAAUGAAGCACGAGUACAGUUCAGUGCCCAACAAAAAGUAUUGAUUUUUUCUCAUCUGAAGAGACAUUACCACCAUUUUUCUACAGAAAAGUAAAUCCACCAUGCAUUCCUUGAUACUGGCUUCUUGCCUUGAUAGGCAAAAGACACUAUCUUUUCCAGUCGAUAUGGUUGGUGUUCUGCUUGCUCUUAUCGCAAACGAUGCAUGGCAGUGAACAAAAUGUGUGAACAGUAGUACACAAAAUGUGCAUUUGAACACCGCUUACGAAGAACGAGAGUUGAAACGAUUCCCUGUCUAACGCGGGGAAUUUGUUUGAACCCUGUCAACACUAUAUUCAAGUCUUGUUGCAAGUCCCAUUGCCCGCUGCUUGGAUAGUGUUGAUGAUUGAGGCAGCAGGUCACAGGUGUGGUUCAGCCCUGAUAUUGUUGAUGCUUUAGUGUAAUAUUUCAAAUGGUGUGAAUGUAGAGCCCUGAUUCGUUGUCCAAGUAACUGGUAUGGCAGCAGGAUAGCACCUAGCAAAGACAUCAUAGGGGCUUUAGCGGGUUGCUGCAAUACAGCAGUCUCUAUCAAUUAUGCGAGGGAGUAAUGAGGUGUUUGUCAUGGAGGAGGAAAGUCUUGAGCAGAUGUAAGAGGGCAGCCAUCGUGCAGUAGCCUUUUGUUACUACAUUUGGAUGUUAAAACUGUCGAGCUUUUUUUUUGUUCUUUCAUAAAGCAGUUGAUCAAUUGUCACAAGAACUUUUUAGCCAUUCUAUGCAACCUAUGCGUAGGUGGCACCUUUGGUGCGAAGAAAAAAGUGCUUUUUUUUUUCAUGAAAGCAUGCCGAGAUAAUUAACAUUAGGCUGUGCUAUAAGAAGAGCCCUGUGAUAAUCUUUAUUUCCACCCUGAACAUUGUCGUACAACAUAGUGCCUAGAGCUGAAGCCAGUUUUGUUGUAAGAUGUUCUUUCCCUAGCAGCCUGCGCUUUGGCACAACCUUGAAAUUGAAGCAACAUGAAGGCAACGUUGCACCCAUAAUAGUUACCACUAGAUCUGAAGGCAGUUUGAUUGUAAGAUGUUCUUUAUUUGUAUUGACACUACUCAGUUUUGUGUUUACCACUGGUUUAGUGUAUGUUGCCUUCAUUCAACAGAACGGAGCCGGAUGAAGAUUCUGUAGUCGUGUUUCUGCGUAAAAACCUGGGCCCAGGGUUUUUGGGUCUUACAAGUGCAUAUAUACAGUUUUACCAUUUGGCAAAGGGGGAGAGAGACUUUUUCCCUGUGUAAAGAUUGUGUGGCGCCGGUUUCAGAGGUUUGUUUUCAUUGCGUUCACAAAACCUCGGCACGCAGAAUAUUGUACACGAGACUGUAGUUGUGUACGUGCAUUUUUUGCUAUCUUGUGCAUGGGUACACACCACGCACGAAAUAUCUGUAUAGUGGCUGCAGUUCAUGCGUUGAGAGAUUGACGAUGGUUUUAUUAUUUAUUGAUAUUGAAAGUGGCACGUCGCAUCGCGCCGGAAUAAAAAUAUAUUACUGAGUUCU